UUGGAAAAACUUAUUUUGUAAACUUCACUUACUUGUGCGAACUUCAACAAACAGCAAAUUCAUGAUGAGAUAUUCAACGCUUUUUCGUAAAGUAAACAAGUUAAAAUAUAUCCUAUUCAUUGUUUUGGUGACUAGUAUAUUAACGUGCGUGUUUUAUAUGAUUUGGUUCUACUCCCCACUCACGAGAUCAAAGCUUCAUCACGAUAUCGAGAAAAGGAUAAUUACAGAAUCUAGACGCGGUACAGUGAUACCCGCCUCAGUUAAAACUGAACACAAGUUCGAACUGAAGUAUAAAUAUCGUAGCGCCUCACUUUGGCUCAAGAACAUAACGCUCAGCGAGUACAGGGCGGGUGCGAUAACAGGUAACUACCUGAUUGAUAAUUACGGCAAGAACAACCUAAUGAUGCCCGGAGAAAUGGGGAAACCCGUAGCUUCGGGCAGAUCUCAGACUGAGAAAAUUGAAAGGGCACUGUCCAAGUUCCACGUCAACACGGUGAUAAGUGACGAGAUACCGUUAAAUAGGAUGGUACCAGACUCUAGGAUAGCGGGGUGUGACUCUCUACAGUACGACACAACAAAGCUCGCCCAGGCCUCGGUCAUUGUACCGUUUCACGAUGAAUGGCCGUCACUUCUGCUCCGUACCGUGUACAGCAUCAUCAACAGAUCACCCAGAGAAAACAUCAGGGAAAUCAUUCUGGUCGAUGACGCCAGCACAUUAUUAGAGCUGAAAGACAGGUUAGACAAGUACAUCAAGGAGAAUUUUCCAGAAGGUCUCGUGCAUAUAGUACACAUCCAUGAACGUGUUGGUCUGACUCAAGCGCGCAUGCGCGGCAGUCAAAUAGCCACUGGUGACGUUUUGAUAUUCUUUGACAGCCAUAUGGAGGUCAACAUUAAUUGGCUUCCUCCGCUGUUGAACGAAAUAGCCAAGGACGGAAAAGUGGUCGCCAUGGCAACGCUGGACUACAUCAACGCCAAAAGCUUUAGAUACAAGUUCAAUGACAACUACCUGACCAGGUACGGCUGGACCUGGACCAUGGUCUUCUUCGAGACUUACUUCAGGCCGGACCAGAUAGGAGCUGACCACAGGACCGUCAGGAAUGGCGUAACUAUGGUAGGUCCGGCUUAUGCUAUAGACAGAAAUUACUUUAACGAACUUGGAGGAUACGACACCGAGAUGAAAGUCUGGGGAGGAGAAAACAUUGAGAUGUCUUGGAGGGUGUGGAUGUGUGGAGGGAGACUCCUGCAUGUCCCCUGUUCUAGAGUAGGUCACGUGCCCCGAGGACAGCCGUACACGUUCCCAGGUGGAAGAACACAAAUAGAACAUUACAACUACAAGAGGGCAGCCCUCGUCUGGAUGGGCAACUACACCAGGUUUCUGUACAACAUCUAUCCUGAUAUGAAGAAUCUCGAUGUUGGUGACGUGAGUGAGAGACUGGCACUGAAAACAAAACUUGGAUGUAAAGAUUUUAGUUGGUAUCUUCAGAACAUUUGGCCAGAGUUGAAUGUCUACGAUGAAAACGUUAUUUAUUGGGGUCAGGUGAGGAACAGAGGCACGUCCAUGUGUCUGGACAACAACGGGUACCUGAUGCAGGGGGCGGAGCCUUUGACGGUUAAAAGCUGUUCAGGGGAUCUUCAAACUCAGGGUUUCUCUCUAACCAAGGGCGGAAGUCUGAGAACAACUCUACAGUGUGUCGUCGUCUAUUUGGGGGACACUCAACCGGUGCUGGAGGAUUGCGUCAUGGGCAUCCAGGACACAUGGAAGUAUUGGGACAAAUCAAUUUUUCAUUUAACCUCUGUCUUGUGUCUGGAGGAUGUGGCACAAAGCCCAAUGUUGAUGCCUUGUUCGGCUGAAAAUCAUAAUCAGACUUGGGAAUUUAGACCUUUCAAAUUUAACGAAUGAAAUUAUUAUUGAAAAUGUUCUACAAUGCUAAUAAAUUAUAUUAGGUAUGAUUUAUAAAGGAUGACAUCUUACUUAUACAAAAUAUCCUGUGGUUCGUUAGUUCGUGUGUUAGUGUCGUCUUUUAAUUUAUCUCAGAUUUGUGAAUUGAAAUGUAUAUAGUCGAUAAUAUGGGGUUUGGGGUGGAUAACUUAACUAUUCCAAGUCAAGAGAGAGAAAAGGGAGAGGGCUUAGGGGCUUUCUGCGACAGUCUGUAGGAGGGCUGGUCGUGGGAUUUCUACUCCAUUCUGUAGGUGGGCUGG